AAGAGGUUUCCCAGGGAGACAGACAUCCAGGCUGGAGGCAGGUGGAGAUGGCUGACGCCUGGGGCCCCAGUCCGGACUCGGUGGCUGGAGUUGGCUGUGGCUAUCUCCUUGCACUCACUCAGGUUCAGAUCCGGUUUCUGUGGCCCAGGAACACCGUACUGUGCUAUAGAAGCCGAUGGUGCCAGGAUCACUUCCUCCCAUUUCCACGCCACAGCCAUGGCUUCGGAGCAGAUUGUGAGACUGCUGGGGACAGGAGUUUUCUUGGCAGUGAUGCCAUCAGCUUACUGGAUGGUCUUCUUACCUCCCACUAUACACGAGCAUCUACCCAGUGGAAGAAAGAGGUUGGCUGUGUUUACUUUUCUAGUGGAGGUACAGGGUUCCCCAAGCUCUUGGGAGCCCACAGUGUCUUGACCUUGCUGCUGGGAGCACCCCUCUCUGCAGAAGCUCCAGGAAGGGUGGAUUCCAAGAUUAAAAUUCUCCUGGGAAGAAGCACAAGCCUGGCAUUCUCAAAGGGGUUCACAGCACAGCGCGGCACAUCAAAAGCGCGUCUGUCGGGACUACACAGCACUGAGACCUGUGGGGUGUCAGAACCAGCACCUCCCUACCUGACAUGCCCACAGAAUCUCCUUUCCCUGUCAUCUUGGCACAGGCUGCGCUGUGGGAGGCGAGGCUGUGACCGUGGUCACUGUAUACGGGGCAGAGGCCCAGCUGGCCAGCAAGGAGGUUGCGGGGCGGGCAGUCUGCAGCCUGGAGAGCGCCUGCCACUUGCAGGCUGGAUGCCUGGCCUCACCUGAAGAGCACCGUGAGCCCCUGCAGACAGGGGACGCCACUGCUGGGCUGGGGAUGACGGACCCCCAUGUGUACCAGGAUGUAUCACAACUGCUGUUUGUGGCCCUGGCCAACAUGCGGCCCGAGACGGCUCACUUGCAAACUCUUUUCCUUUGACACUUGAGCCACUAAGACCCUCUUGGAAAAUGUCCCAAACAGAACAGGGGAAAGGGCCACCAGCGGCUUCAGAUGUCUCCAUCCUGCUCCCUCAUGUGCCCGACACCUGCUGUUCUCCUUAUUCCUCUGGCAUCAAAACCUCUCCUGGAAAAGGACUUGAUAAACUCAUUUCCACUUAAGAAAAAGUUAAACGGGUUCAGUCUCUUCCCUCCCAGUGCAAUGUCCUUAGCUCACUGAUAAAUCCUUCAUUCCAUUCUUCCCUUAACAACUCCCUUUGCGUAAACAUGCAGGCACACAGAGCUGGAAGCUAUCUUCCUUGGAAAAGGAGAAGCUGCCCGUCUUGCAGCAGAUGCCCCAUCACCCUGGGGACCUAAGAUUAGUGUCAUUCUCCAUGGGGAAAACUCAGGCACUUGGAACAUUUGUAAAAAGGCAACCCUUAGGUACUCAGGGCGCUCAGCUUUCAAAAGCGCAACAACUUUGAACAAAUGCCAGGCAUACAGGUUCCCAGCAACACUCUAGAUGGUUAGAAGUGACCCAGGUUUCACAGGCAGCCCUGUAUGUUUAUGAAUCCAGCCUAUGUGAGGUCUUUCUAGAAGGGCUUAAAUGGUUUCUUAGGGAGGAACAGAUGCAAAAUGUGAUCAUAAGAGAUGUGCUUAUUUUAAAAAAAUGAAUAUGAAUUCUGGAGUAUGUCCAGAGUCCAUAUAUUA